AUGCAGACGCACCUCUUCCUGGUGGGACCUAUCCCCACCUCAAUCGACGCCUCUGCUUCCUUGUCCUCCUCCAGCAGCUCCAUCACCGCCGGUAGUCACAAUUCCCCGAUUAGUAGCUGGGCCUACUAUCGGAACCGUAACAAUAAAUCCCGCCAUCCCAGCAACAACAACAACAACAAGCGAGGCCCAACAGUGGUAGUUGCAUCAUCAUCAUCAUCAUCAUGGGCAGCAAUCAACGGCGGCGAGCAAGAGCAUUACGCGGUGCUGGGACUCCAAAGGACAGCCACUUCAGCCGAUAUUAAAAAAUCUUAUCGCCUUCUUGCUCGAAAGUAUCAUCCUGAUGUUAGCAAGCAUUCUCAAGCUGGUGAGCUGUUCAAGAGCAUUCGGCAUGCAUAUGAAAUACUCUCUAAUGAAGUGACAAGGACUCAGUAUGAUCGAGUACUUAGAUUUCAAGAAGAUACUGGCAGAUCAUAUAGCAAAAAACAAUAUUAUACCCCUGAAGUUGAAGACUGGGUAAGGAUCUACAAGUGGGCUGAAAUGAAGCGGAAAGUGAGAAGUGAGAGAUAUUGGGAGCAUUAUAACGUGAGUGAGGAUCCUUCCUUCUACAGUGAAACGGAGGAGGAGGCUGAAGAAGGAAGCCUAGAUCAGGAAAGAGGCCCAUUUAGCGAAGUGCUAAGAUCUGCAUUUGUAUCUCUCUUUUUACUUCAUACUUUUGGAUCUCUAUUAUCUCUUACCUUCAGCAGUGUCAUGGCUUUGUUCGACAGACAAUUGGAUGCUGGGUAUAAGAUUGGCUAUCUGAUUGCAUGGAUUCUGGGCGGGAGAGGUGGGAUUUUGCUUGUUCUGUGUCUCCAAUUUGCUAGCUGGGCCUGUGGAAAGACGAGCAGCAGCAUGGUUGCUCUGGUGGUGGUAGCCAUGUGGGUUGGUUCAAAUCUUGCGAGGUUUGCUCCACUCCCACAGGGUGCUCUUGUUACGCUUUUGUACAUGUCGAUUAAGCUGCAAGCGGACCUAAACUGA